AUGCCCGACAUUACAGUUACUGUCAAAUGUGCAAACGACACCAAAUAUUCCGUCACCAUAGAUACUUCCAAGACAGUUCUUGACUUCAAGAAAGCAGUUGCAGAGAAAUGUGAUACUCCCCCAGAGAGACAGAGAUUAAUUUACUCUGGGCGAGUACUGAAGGAUAAUGAUAUUCUGGAGACUUACAAGAUCGCUGACGGACAUACUGUUCACAUGGUUCGAGGAGCGUCACCUGGUGGUUCAUCUUCGUCCCAACAAGCAAGCAAUAAUACCUCUCAACAGCGAUCCGCCCCGCCACCACAAAAUGCUCAACCUCCGUUCAACCCAUUUGCAAAUCUAGGCGCUGCCUACGGGGCGCCCCCAUUUACGAACACGACUGCUCCUAGUGCCACCGGCACUCCGUUGCCAUUCGGAGACUUGUUUAAUAAUCCGGCAUUCUUACAGCAACUCACCCAAAUGAUGUCCGAUCCAGUUGUUUUAGACACCGUGAUAGCAUCGAACCCGCAACUAGCAGAUAUGGGUUCACAAGUGAGGGCAGCAAUGCAGAAUCCAGCACUACAAUCGAUGAUGGCGAAUCCAGACUUUAUCAGGCGUAUGACGGAGAUGUACGCGGCGUUAAUGACACCCCCGACAGACUUUGCCAAUGUUAUGGGUGGAUUAGGGACCCAAGGGGUGAACCCUGGAUUUAACGCGGGCGCAAAUACCGGGACGACAAAUACGCCGAGUGACUCCACUAAUGCUGCGCCUACGAAUAUAACGAGUACCACAAAUACGACAGCACCCAAUCCCUUCCUCAAUCUUUUCAAUCCAGCAGCAGUUAAUCCAACCGGUAACAAUCCGGCCAACACUACGAAUACUUCAAACACACGUCCUCCUGUAAAUCCUUUUCUGGAACAACUUCUCUGGGUGCAGCUACAACAAUUGAAUGAAAUGGGGUUCUAUGAUGCGCAGAGGAACAUCAGGGCUUUAUUGGCUUGUGGGGGAAACGUUAAUGCUGCUAUUGAGUUCUUGUUGAGUGACAGACAGUAA